UUGUUUAAACUCCAGCCGUUAGCAUGAAUGCUAACCGCAGCGCUAGUAGCUUGUUGCCGCAGUUUGGCUGUUACUUUUGCCCGCUUUACAAGCUUUACAGGUAGUGUUCGCUUAGUAUAUAACGUGGGAAUCGGACACAGCGUAUUAUAUCGUCCUUUAAAACUUUUUUUAUGCUGGUAACGUUAUUUUCUUAAAGUUAACGAAGUAAGAGCUACUUUUGUUGGUCGCUUGAAAACAACAGCUCGACACUCUCUGUACGUGCCUCAGUUGACCAUCGAUCUCAAACAAGAGGCAUUCAAAUUCACCGUCUUUAAAGGUUAGAUGGACUAAGAAAUCAAGCAAGAAUGGAGGUGUAAAUUGGACAUUGGAUUGGAGUGGAACAUAUUUUCUUUCAUCCUGCUGGAGCUACAUUUUCGAUGUGGGCGUUCACGGACAACAGGAUUUUAAGUGAAGUUGAAUGAUGGCAUCACGUUGGGUUCAUUCUUGUGAGGAUGAUGAGCGACAACAAGCAAGAUCUUCAUUCUGUGAGAAUGAAUCUCCAGAGUGGAGAAGCCUGGCUGAUUCUCCUGCAGCGCAAUACCCAGCAGAGGAGGAGUUCUCAUGGCCAAGACCUAAAACCGUGCGUUUGCGUCGAACUUCCCAAGGGUUUGGCUUCACCCUGCGUCACUUCAUCGUCUACCCGCCGGAGUCGACCAUGCACUGCUUUCCGGAAGAAGAUCAUGGCCGCAGAGGGAGACAACGGAAUAGGCUAGAACCCAUGGACACCAUUUUCGUGAAGCAAGUCAAAGAAGGUGGCCCUGCUUAUGGAGCUGGGCUCUGCACAGGUGAUCGAAUAGUGAAGGUGAAUGGAGCAAGCAUCAUCGGGAAAGCCUAUUGUGAGGUUAUAUCCUUGAUCCAAGACAGUGGUGAUUUUCUUGACCUUUGUGUAAUGCCAAAAGAUGAGGAUAUACUGCAACUGGCCUACUCCCAGGAUGCAUACCUCCGUGGCCACAGCAGCUACAGUGGAAAUGCCCGUCACAUUCCUGAGCCACCCCCAGUAUGCUACCCCAGAAUAGACUGUAAGCCUACGGGCAUGGCCCAGGCGACAGACUCAGCUGAGCAGGUCUGCCGAGGGCCGACAGCACCUUCUGACCAUGGGUACCGCAAGGAGAUCACUGUGCCCCCAUCUCCUCCUCCUCAGCCAUAUCCAAAAACCCAGAUGGCAGUGUGCAUGCGCAACGACAGUGUGAGGACUGUGGUGGUUCCUCCUGAUACAGCUCAUAUGGGGCGCAUGGGUCCAACACAUAGGAUAGAUUACAUGGAACCUGUCUUUGUCAGGGGGAGGCCUGGGUCACUGGCUCAGUAUCCUCACCCUCGAAAGGCUGAUGUCUAUCCUGCUGGUCCAGGAAUGCUUCCGUAUGGAGGUCAGGCACCUCACUACCCAGUCAACAAUCAAAACAUUGAUUGGCGCACCUACCAAACGUACAGGGAGUACAUUGACAACAAAGGAAUCCAUUCCCAUGGUAGUCGGACUAUCCAGGAGAGGCUGGAUAAUUUGCGAGCUACCAGUCAGACCCCCUUUGGCGCUAGUCAUCAUAUUUCCCUGGGAGACUGGGCCCCUAAGGGAAUACGACGGAGGAGUACAUCCCAUGAACGGUCAUACCAGGGACCUCCACCCCACUUUCAGAUUGCCCCACGCAGUGCUUCGCAGGACCGCAUCAGCCGUGCAGAGAGAGUGGGUGAAACCAGGAACUGGCCUCCUCGAAGCGUGUCCCAAGAUGGCCUUAUGCACAAAGCCCGGGCACACUCCACAGACUAUGUUGACCCUGCAGAGCUGGCUCGGCCCAGUGAGAGGAGAGGAGGUUAUGGAAGGACAAACCAAGGUACAAGACCCAGCAGACAGUCUAUCCCCAGACACGGCGUGCUCUACAGGCCUUCUGUUGGAUACAGCGGUGGCAUGAGGGGUGCACCCAACCCUUCUCUCUACUCUAAAGGACCAGAUUCUCUUCAGACCCGCUCCUCACCCAUGCUCUCAGACAGAUCCUCACAUUUUGGAAAGAGCACAAGUGCUGAACAUUCUCUUGCUGACCAAAGAGGUGCAGGCAAAGGAAACCAUGUGGUCCACCCUACCCAGCAAGUCCAGAGCAGGAUGCGGUCUGAAACCAUGCUGCCUGUAGAGUCAGGCAGAGACGCAGCAUUGGUAGGACACAGGUCUUCUUCAUGCUCCACAUCGAAACAGAUGCCGCAUAGGCUUAGCAUCCCCAAACCACCUCAGCCAGAGUCCCAGAGUCAAGUCAAUGGGCGAAGCCCCACAGAGACUGGAGUUGUUCUAAGGGAGAAGCCCCCCGCUGGAAAGAACCCCAGCCCUCUGCGGCACCCUUCCUACAUCUUGGCUGUAGCUGACGACGGAGCAGAUUCCACAGCAGAUGUGGUGGCGUGCUGGCUUCCCAAUGAUGCACGUCGAGAGAUACACAUACGCCGUCUUGGGGAACAAUGCCACACCUCCUGGUCCAGCAACCUGGAUGAGUCUCUGGACUCCAUUCCAUUCAUUGAUGAGCCUAUCAGCCCCAGUGUUGACCGGGAGGCCGCUCCUAUUCCACCCUCCGCUGUGAUUUCUGUUGCACCAUCCAUAACUACAGGUUCCUCCAUUCCAGGCUCACCAUGCCCUCCAAUUCGCCGUCAGCUGUCACAUGACCAAGAGUCCCUGAGAAGUGCUUUACUGGAAUCUGAAUCAGCCAGCAAAACAGAGCGGUCCAAAUCUUACGACGAGGGUCUGGAUGACUACCAGGAAGUGGGCAGAGGAUCUUCCAGUAAGCAUAUGCCCAGUCUCAGGGGACUGAGAAAGGCUCUGGACGGGCAUAAAUCUUCUGGGGAUUCUGGGUCUCGAAGGGAUUCUUGUUCGGAUAUCUUUACAGACUCUUCCAAAGAAGGGUUGCUCAAUUUUAGGCAACUUAGUACAGAUAAAAACAAGCGUGUUGGUGGAGGAAUGAGAUCAUGGAAGCAGUUGUAUGCUGUUUUAAAAGGUCACACCCUAACCCUCUACAAGGACAGGAAGGAGGCAUUGUCUCAUGCUUCGUCACAAUCUGAAGAGGACCCACUGCGAAUCAGCAUCAAGGCCUGUCUGAUUGACAUCUCCUAUAGCGACACGAGACGCAAGAAUGUGCUGCGACUCACCACCUCAGACUGCGAGUAUUUGUUCCAGGCAGAAGGGAGGGACGAAAUGCUGUCCUGGAUCCGAGUCAUUCAGGAAAAUAGUAACCCAGAUGAAGAGAAUGCUGCCGUAACAAGUCAGGACUUGAUAAGUCGAAAGAUCAAAGAAUAUAACAUGAUGAGCACUCCCAGCAGCAGGUCUGAACCCUCCCCCAAAACCACCCGCCAGACCCUCAGCAUCAAACAAGCCUUCCUGGGAGGUAAAACAGACAGCAGGAUCCACAGCCCUCAUUCACCCAAAUCAGGAGAGGAGCGGAGGGUGCUGAAAGAUGACUCCAGUCCACCACGGGACAGAGCAGCUUGGAAAAUUGGCAUUGCAGGGAUCAUGCGGAAGCCCUUUGAAAAAAAGACUCCAGCCGGGGUCACGUUUGGGGUGCGGCUUGAUGAUUGUCCAGCUUCACAGACUAACAGGUUUGUCCCUCUGAUCGUGGAGGUGUGCUGUAAGGUGGUGGAGGAGAGGGGUCUGGAGUACACAGGAAUCUACCGGGUCCCUGGCAACAAUGCUGCCAUCUCCAGCAUGCAGGAGGAGCUCAACAGCAAAGGCAUGACUGACAUUGACAUCCAGGAAGACAAAUGGCGGGACCUCAAUGUCAUCAGUAGUUUACUGAAGUCCUUUUUCCGAAAACUUCCAGAACCUCUGUUUACAAAUGAAAAGUAUGCUGAUUUUAUUGAAGCCAACAGAACAGAAGACUCAGUGGAGAGAUUAAAGGAGCUCAAGAGGCUGAUCCAAGAAUUACCCGAUUAUCACUUUGAAACUCUGAAAUUUCUUUGUGCUCACCUCAAGAAGGUUUCUGACCACUGUGAAAAGAACAAGAUGGAGCCUCGUAACCUGGCAAUUGUGUUUGGUCCUACGCUGGUCAGAACUUCUGAGGACAACAUGGCCAACAUGGUCAAUCACAUGCCAGACCAGUGCAAGAUAGUUGAGAACCUCAUUCAGCAAUAUGACUGGUUCUUCACUGAUGACUGUGAUGAGGACCCUGUCACCACAGCUGAGCAGGAAAGCACAGUGCAGUCUCAGCCUGUGCCCAAUAUUGACCACCUGCUCUCCAACAUCGGACGGACUGCAGCUUCACCGGGUGAAGUCUCAGAUUCAGCAUGUAGUGACUCCUCCAAAUCAAAGCAGGGAUUGUGGGGGUCAGGGAAGGAUCAGUGUAGCAAAGAGAUGCUGCGCUCCUCCUUCUUCGCCAGCCGCAAGCGUAAGAAGCCCAAGGACAAAGCUCAUCCCAGCAGUUCAGAUGACGACCUGGACGGUGUGUUCCCCAAGAAGGAGCUCCCGGAGGAGAACCAGCAGCAGUCUCUGUGGUCCCCGGCCAGCCGGACCGAGGAGGAGGGGGAGACGGAUGAAACCAGUGAGAAAGAGAAGCACAGGAGCAGCUCAGAGGAACAGCUUGACAAAACCAACAGGAAAGAGUCUCUCUCCAGCAGCCUGAUAUCGCAGCCCUCUCCCUCCCUGCCUCCAGAACACCUCUCCUCCACCCUUCAAACCGGCUCCCCCUACGCCUCACCCUCCCAUUCCCCGAACCUCAGCUACCACAUGCCGAUGGCUCACCAGUCCUCUCUGUCUGACCCGCCUUCCAACUACGACGAUACUGUGUCUGACCUCGGUACAAUGAACAGCACCAGCUCUCAGGCAUCAGUGCCCAGAGUGAGGCAAGGCAGGACGGUGGCACUGGGUCCAGAAGCAGGCCCCAGCGGGCUGUCAGCAGAGGUUUGCUCCAUCACCUCCGACUACUCCACCACCUCUUCCAUGACGUUCCUGACUGGAGCUGAGCUAAGCACCCUCAGUCCAGAAGUGCAGUCUGUGGCAGAAAGCAGGGGUGGAGAUGAUGCAGACGAUGAGAGAAGUGAGCUCAUCAGCGAGGGAAGGCAGAUGGAGACAGACAGUGAGAGUGACCUGUCGGUGUUUACAGUUAGAAAAAGUGACCAGCGAGAACUACAGGAGGCCCCACGUCCCCUCCCCUCCCACAGACUCAUCGAGUGCGAUACUCUCUCCAGAAAGAAAGCUGCUCAACAGAAAACCAACAGCGAGUCUUCACUGGAUGGAGCUUGGAGCGAUAAGGAAGUAUCGCGCGUGUUGGGGUCAGCCAAAGGCCGCUCCACGGGCAGCCUCAUCUCCUCAUCUCGUAGCGAAUUAGAUAAGACAGAGCCUGCGUGGAAGCUGAAGAUCACUGACAGACUGAAGGUGCGUCUGCGAAUGUCUGCGGAUGACAUGUUUGGUGUGGGCAGCCAGAGGAGCCGGUCCCCGGAGGGCCGCAGUAAGAAGAAGAACAUCAGACGCAGACACACCAUGGGCGGUCAAAGGGACUUUGCAGAGCUGUCUAUUUUGGGAGACUGGCAGCAUGUUGGCAUUGGUUCAGGCUCUCGGUCUGAGCUGUCAGCUGUGGACCAGCUGAAGCCCAAGUGCAGCUCUCAAGACUUCUCCAUCAGGGACUGGAUUGCCCGCGAGCGCCACCGCACCAGCAAUCCCGAGGUCAGCCUGGACCUCUCUGAACAGCUGGGUGGGAUGUGCAGCGCAAACUCCCAGAACCUUGGCGCCUCGUCCUCUUCUGAACCCCCACAUCGUCCAGCUGAGCUGCUGAACGGGGAUGUCCCCCAGAGUAAAAACCUGAGCCUUUCUGCCACCGCUCACCCACAUAAACUCUCAAGUUCCCAGGUGGUCCAUUCGCGCUUCUAUCAGUAUCUGUGAGAAGUGUUUGGUGUGUGUGACUGUGUAUGUUCUCUGUCUGUGAGAUGUGUACAUACUGUCUGUCAGUAUAAUGUCUGUUGUGUGAUCAAUGUUAGUGAAUGAGCAUGUUAUACAAAACUUGUCUGGAGUGUGUGUGUGCGUGCUUGUGAAAAGAGAAUUACUGCACACAGGGAUCAUUGAUCUUGCUCAUGUAGAAGGCAUGAAACAAAAAGGUUUAUAUCUUCUUUUUUUAUUAUUUACUUUUUUAAAAUGACAAUUGACUUUGGGAUGGCUCAGGAGGAUUUCCUCCCUCCUAAUACAAAUCCUUGUUAUGCUGAAGACGAGAGGACCUGAUGCUCAUGAAACCAUGAGCCUGUGAAGUUUGUGCAAAGAAGGCUGACCGUGACACUCAAGUUAAGAUGAAAGGUUUAGCUAAGGGGCUUUAAGGAAGAGCUGACUUUUAGAAGGAAUAGGUAAUAGUGAAAUAGUGAGUUCAGAUUUUUAGUAUUGCAGAGGAACUAUUUUUGUGUAAAGAAAGUUGCGAUGUUUAAAGUCAGUGAGUCUCUCAGUAACCAAAUGAAGAAUGUACAGACAAUGCUUGCUGUAAUACUGACUAAAAGCUUUAGAUGCUUGUUUCAUUCGAAAGUGUACAUAUCCCUAUUUUUCUGUGUACUUGAAUUGUGUUUUUGGUACAGCCUGCGUGUGGUCUGCUGCCUACAAGCUCUCUGCUGUCAAAGGGGCCUUUCCGAAGGUACAAAAGGUGACAAGGAGACACUGGACUUAUGCAAAAUAGAAACGGAGUUCUUAUUCAUGCCAGUUAUGUGGUUUAAAGAGCAGUGAACAACAUCCCUCUGAUGCAGACGUUGUGUUUCGUGUUCAUGGUUCACACAUCUGUCGGUGUCUGGCGCUAGAUUGCAAAGUGGAAGAAAAAGAAAAUGGGUAAACAAAUCAGAAAAUCAUGUUUCUUCACAAUAGGAAGUGCCUCACAAUGAAAUGUUAAGGGUGCCAUAUUGUCUUUGUUGAGACACGAAGAUGUUACUGUGAAUGACAUUUUUAUUGUCGACCUCCGUCAUUCUACAGGUUAUGUAACAAAAUGCCGAGCUUCCAUUCCUUAGGCAUUCCACUCUGGUCUUAACAUGUUUUAUACUUUCUUUUUUCUCCUACUGUUUUUCAUUUUUUGAUUUUAACAGAACUUGAAUUUUAAAUAUUCUUUGUAAAAUAAGUAACUUAAAUGUACAUAUAAAUGCCAUGUUUUAGCUGCUUUACUUUCAUUUCCAUCAAAUUGCAGGAUUAAGUACAGUAUUGUGAGAUGAUGAUGCUCAUGUGGCCUGUGUGGGUGUUGUGGGCAGUUUGGGACAUCUCUGUGGAGAGAGGUCCCUGCAUGAGGAAACAUGGGCUGGAACGUUUGUACCAAUGCUGCGUUCCCCUGAUUGUUAGAGCGAUGUGCACAGACUCCUGAAACACUGGAAAUAAAUUUUGUCAAUGGUCAA